ACACGCAAGCCAACAUCCUCUCAUUUGAAGUCUAGUCCAGCAGAAAGCCAUGGCUUGGAUUUGGGUCGUCACGAUUGCAGGGCUCGUUCUUGCUCUUCUCUCACGCUCAUGGCCGCUCAAAAACCAUAGAAAAGGCAAGAAAUUGCCUCCUGGACCAAAAGGGUUUCCCAUUGUUGGCAGCCUUCAUUUACUAGGCAAGCUUCCUCACAGAAAUCUUCAUCAAUUGUCCCAAAAAUAUGGACCCAUAAUGUGCAUGAAACUAGGCCUUAUACCCACCAUCAUAGUCUCAUCCACACACGCCGCCGAGCUCUUCCUCAAGACACACGACCUCGUUUUUGCAAGCCGCCCAUCCUCCGAGGCUUCAAAGCACAUUUUAUACAACCAAAAGAGUUUGUCCUUUUCUCCAUACAGCCCUUAUUGGCGCAACAUGCGCAAAAUGUGCACUCUCGAAUUGCUCAACAGCCUCAAAAUAAACUCUUUCAAGCCCAUGAGAAAGCAGGAGCUUGGGUUGUUGAUUGAGUCCCUUCGAGAGGCUGCACAUAACAGAGCCGCUGUAAACCUCAGUUCUAAAGUCACUUCUUUUACUACGGACAACGUUUGUUUGAUGGCGUUUGGGAAGAAAUAUGAAGACAAAGAGUUUGAUAAGAGAGGGUUCAAGAGUGUGAUACAACAAGGCUUGCAAUUGGUAGGUGGUGUUAAUUUGGGUGAUUUUAUUCCUUGCAUUGCAUGGCUUGAUCUUCAAGGCCUAUCUCGUCGGAUGAUAUCUGUUCAUAAGGUGUGUGAUGAAUUUCUUGAAAAGAUUAUUAAUGAACAUCUUGAGGCCACGGAUGGAAAGAGGACCAAGGACUUUGUUGAUGUCAUGUUGGACCUUAUACAUUCCCAACAAUCGGGGUAUCAAAUUGAUCGUUCUUCCAUUAAAGCUAUAAUGCUCGACAUACUUGCAGCAGCAAUGGAUACUUCAGCUACCACGGUCGGAUGGGCUAUGUCGGAGCUCAUUAGACAUCCACAUAUCAUGAGGAAAAUGCAAGAUGAAUUAGAAAAAGUGGUUGGUUUGAACAGGCUUGUUGAAGAAUCCGAUCUCAAAAACUUAGAAUACUCGGAAAUGGUCGUGAAGGAGAUUCUCAGAUUGCAUCCUCCCGCUCCAUUAUUGGUUCCACACGAGUCCGUUGAAGAUUGUACAGUUGAUGAUUUUCAUAUUCCUAAAAAAUCACGAAUAAUAGUAAAUGCAUGGGCGAUUGGACGAGACCCAAGUGCUUGGAUUGACCCGGAGAAGUUCAUACCCGAUAGGUUUAUUGGUAGUCAAGUAGAUGUGAAAGGAAAGAACUUUCAACUAAUUCCAUUUGGAGCUGGUCGUCGAAGUUGUCCAGGAAUGCAAUUGGGAUUAAUCAUGGUUAACUUAUUGCUAGCUCAACUUGUACAUUGUUUUGAUUGGGAGCUUCCAAAUGGUAUGACACCGUCCGAGCUGGACAUGACUGAAAAAUUUGGUUUAACUUGUCCGAGAGCUCGAGAUCUUAUGAUCGUUCCUUCCUAUCGUCUUAAUUAUUGAUAAU